UUCAGUCUAUCGACAGCUCUCAAUGGCAGAUGAAGAACAAUUUCCGUUGAAGCUAAAGAGUGAUGAAGAGUUUAUAAACUUGAGAAGUGAAAUGCGUUGAUAAGGUUUUAUAAUAGCAGUGAUAGGGAGAAUUUCGGGAAAAUUUGUGAAGCAGUUGGGUUUGAAUUUGAAAACUUAACCUCCCCUCACAUCAAAGGUGUAUUUUUGGCUCCUGGCGAGAGGGAAAGGACACUCAAAGUUGAGGAGAGCGCAACAAUUCUCUCUCCCUUCUUUAGCAACACAAACCAUCAACAUUAUGGAUUUUCUGUUCAAGGGGUGGUAAAUUCUGCCUCAGUUCUCUCCAAACAUCCGACACAGCCACAGUGAAUCCUCGUGCUAGAAGUGUUGGAAAUAGGGCCACAUUCAGAGUGUUUGUACUCAAAAAACAUUUCAAACAUCAAUGGAAAAUCCUUUUCCUGCUUACACAGUAUUUCUAUUGGUUUUUUCUACGUAAAAUGGAGUAAUGCUACAGCCUCCUGAACCAAACAAUUUAGUGAUUACAGAAAUCGAACUCAUGUAGAAGUUUUUAGUGACCAAGAACGACAAGGCAGUUUGCUUCUCCUUUGAAAUGUAAUUUCAGUUUGUAAAUACAUGAAGAUUGGCAUCAAGAUUACAACAAUGAGAUUCCCAAAAGUUUCACUGAAAAAAUGUUUCCUCUUCACUGUGGCCUUUGCCGUGUUGCUCCUCUUCGGAUUCACACUCAGGGAGAAGGAUAUUUGGACCAGCAGGACUCAACAUCCGUUGAUGCCGCCAAAGUCACAACAGAAUCCAGAGGAGACACAAAAUAUCGCUUUGCUCACCCAUAUUCCCACAACGACAGUACGAUCUCUCUACGAGGAUUAUGACAAAACCCAGGAUAUGGAUAAUUCUCUGUUCCCAGAAGGAAAUGGUAGACCCUGGUAUUUUUCCAAUGGGGUCCGAUAUCCAGCACCUGCACGUAUUAAUCGCAAGACAAAGAAACGCGUCGCCAGACUGUUUCCCUAUGAGGAUUCCCAAAAUGAUCGAAUAACGAAUCAAUUGAUGUUUGUACCGCCCAAUUACGAGGAGAUCAAGCAACAGGGAAAGCUGAAAACUAUCCUGCUGUACAAUGGAUUAGGUCCUUGGAAUGUGCGCCAGGGAAAGGAUGUCUUUCAGCAUGCCAAAUGUCCAGUAAGCACCUGUACUCUCACCGCAAAUCGCGAACAUUCAGCCACAGCGGAUAUGAUCCUGUUCAAAGAUCACUACAUCCCACCCGGAGUUACGAGACAACCGCAUCAGAUCUAUAUGCUCUACUUCCUCGAGUGCCCCUAUCACACGCAGAACAUCAAAUUUCCCAGUGUCUUCAAUUGGACCGCCACAUAUAGAAAGGACAGCGAUAUUGUAGCUCCGUAUGAAAAGUGGGAAUAUUUCGAUCCAAGAGUGAAGCAAGUGGAGCAAGAUAAGAAUUAUGCACUGAACAAGACCAAAAAAGUGGCUUGGUUCGUGUCCAACUGCGGAGCUCGAAAUGGACGGCUUCAGUAUGCACAUGACUUGCAAAAGCAUAUUCAAGUGGACAUAUAUGGAGCAUGUGGCAAUUUUAAAUGCUCUAGGAGUACUUCAGAUCUCUGCUUUGAACUUUUGGAUAACGACUACAAGUUCUAUUUGGCAUUUGAGAAUUCUAACUGCAAAGACUACAUCACAGAGAAAUUCUUCGUUAAUGCUCUAUACAGAAAUGUUCUUCCAAUUGUUAUGGGAGCUCGUCCUGAGGAUUAUCUGGCGAGUUCACCUUACAAAUCCUACAUUCACGUGGAUGAUUUUGCAUCACCCAAAGAAUUGGCAGCCUAUUUGCAUCUCCUGGACAAAAAUGACGAACUGUACAAUUCGUAUUUUAAGUGGAAAGGAACAGGAGAAUUUAUCAAUACAUAUUUCUGGUGUCGUGUCUGUGCAAUGUUACACGACGAGGCUGCCCUGGAAAAGCCAAAAUGGUAUCCUGAUAUUAAUGAUUGGUGGCGCGGAAAGGGUGUCUGCACCAGCAAUUCCUGGCGCAUCGGCCGUCACGAUAUUAUGAGCGAUGAUUGAGCACAAAAAUCCUCACACAGUGACCACAAUUUAUCAUUGCCCAUGUGAAUUAUUCUCUUGAAUUCUCAGAAUUACUGCUUCUCAAGCCAUUCAUCUAUGUGCAAAAAUUAUGACUGAAUAAGUGACUUCUUUCGCAUCACAAGAUGAAAGACCUCAGUAUGGUAGUCAUUAGGCAUUAGUUUGAACGUGAAGAAAAAGACAAAGAUAUCACUCUAAGUUACUUAAUUUUGUGAUUCAAUUUAGUGAAUUGCCUCGAGUACAAAAAGAAUUAAAGAAAAAGAAAUACCUUUAAGAUAAAACAGUGAAAAAGUAAAUCAAAGGUUGAAAAAAAUUCUCACAAUGUUUUUUUCAGAAUCUCUUCUAAACCAAUUACUUAAAGAAAAAGUAUUACCAAACAAAAUAUUGAGGCAAAAUUUAUCGCGCAAUUUAUUUAGCAAAAAUUAGUGUAUUUAAAAGUAAAUUAAUUCACGCGCAAGAUCCAAUGUGAUUUUUUCUACUCUUUAUCAUAUUUUAUUUUCUCUUUUUUUUUUCUUUUAGCUCGUACAUAGAAUUAUUUGUAUCUGUGAUAUUUCUCUCCCUCCUCAAACCCACUUUUUUUUAAACUUAUUAAUUUUUAGCCUCCAACUACAGGUAUUUUCCCAAUUGUUUAGUAAAAAAAAAAGAAAAACAAUUGUACUAAAAAGAAGAAAAAACGACUUUUAGGCAAUUUCAGUGCUGUUUGCGUGUAAAAUGUUGAAACACCAAAGAAUUAUAUUGUUGCUCGUAGAAUGAUGUAAAUAGGAAGAUAAUCAAAUUUAGAAAAUAAAUUUGUAAUACAAAAGAUA